AUGAUGUCUGCAAAACAAAGAAAUACACAACACUCUGUUCGAUCCAAUUGGUCAAAAGUCUGUUAUCAAUGUCAGAAUGAAGGACAUAUAGCUGCUGAAUGUACUCAGCAGGUUUUAUCCGAAUGGCGUCUAGCAGAAUUAUUACAAGAACAAAAAACUAAUUUCGAAACUUUAAUCAAUGAAUUUCAAAAUAAAUGGAAUAGAAAUUUAUUAACAUUACAAACUGCUCCGAAAACAAAUGCUGAACAAUUAUUACCUGUCAUAAAUGACUUCACUACUGUUUGUAAUCAACUUAAAGAACAAAAUUUUCAAAUGCAAAACCAGUUGAAUACUAUCACAAAUCGCAUACAAAAAACUGCAAACGAAACUGUAUAA